AUGUAUUAAUUAUUAACGUAAAAUUUUGGUUCACAUUCCAUUUUUAUUUUUUUUUUACAAACAUAUUCCAUAUUUUAACCAAGUAUUUUGUUAUUUAAAUUCAAUCGUUCAUUCGUUUGUUCUUAAACGUUUGGAGUACACAAAAUACCUAGCUGUCAAACUUUUGUAUGCGUUGAUCUUUGGCGCACCAUUUCACGCAGUGAAUUAGUCGUCAAUGGGCAGACGUAGUCGUGAUGCAGGCUAUCACCCUAAUAUUACAAAGCCACAGAAACUAAUACGGCGAACAAACUUGAAGAACAUUGAUAUCCAUCUUCCGUUAAAAACUCGCCGCGGAAUACUUUGUUCCACAGACAAUAUUCGUAGAACUCCAGGUUCUACGAAUAUACCCAGUGAGCCGAUCUGUGCAGCCAUUGGGAAUAUAGAGAUCAAGCCCAUCAUUGUUAAGCAAUCAAGUCGUAGUACUAGUAAUGAUGAUUUACUACUACGCGACAGUAAUAAUCAAAAGGUUGACUUAAAAAAUGAGGGUUUUAAAUUCUCUAUUUGUACAAGUCUAUACAAUUUAGGAAAUGCCAAUUUGAUGAAACUAACAUCAAAUAAACAUGGCAUGGAGUAUGGACUUGGCAAACCUUUAGUCGAAUCGAAUGAGGAACAUGUAAACGCUUGGGCCGAAAGAAAGAACAUUGACAAUGUAUCGAAUACUUUCGGACCCAACCGUAACAUGAUUCCUAGAGAUGUGAAUGAAUUAGUCAAACAAAAAGGGUUGCUAUUAAAGAGGUUCGACUAUUGGUACAAUUGGUAUAGCAAAACAAAAGAAAACAUACCUUGCUUAAGGAGUGACCAAAUGGCUAUAAAUAAGCUCAAGGAAGAAGGAUACGUAUUCGAAAAACGCAAGAUUAUUGGACCGAUACCUGGCGUUAAGAUUGGAGAUAGUUUUAAUCUUAGAGUUCAGCUUGUGAUCAUGGGACUUCAUACUCAAGAUACCAAAGGAAUUGACUAUAUGAGUACGACCGAAGGUAAGGUAUCAAUAGCAACAUCAAUUGUAACCAUGGAAGGUUACAACGACGUGUUCGUGAACUCGGACGAGCUUAUAUAUACUGGCGAAGGAAGUACUUUCGAGCGCAAUGUUAAGUUUCCUAAAGAUCGGAGGCUGGAAGGGGGUAAUUUUGCAUUGUCGAAAAGCAUGAUGAAAGGCACUUUUGUGAGGGUUAUUCGUGGAUUCAAGAUUAAGGGUGAAAAGAAUAUGAAAAAUUAUGUUUAUGAUGGUUUGUACAAUGUUGUUCAUUGCUACCAAGAAAGGGCGCAACAUGGUCGGAUGCAAUGGAAGUUUAAGUUAUUGAGGUGUUCUGGUCAAAAUUACAUUGAUUGGAAAAGCAUAAGGUAAUUUAAUGAUAAAUUACUUCAUUACUCGAAUCUUUUUGUUAGACAGAAAGAUCAAUAGAAUGAAAUUUUUUUUAAGGGAGUGGGUUUUUUAUGGAGUAUUGUUUAGUCGAGAUGUUUUCAUUUUCAACCCUUAUCAAAGUAAUUGUUUGGAAGACCGUUUAAAUUAAAAUUUAUUUGGAACGUAUAAAAAUACUCUUUUUCAACUCUU